AUGCGGGCACCGAGCGCGGUUGUCAUCGCCACCAUGAGCAUUCUCUACGAGCAUGCUGCCGCGUACAACUCCUUGUUCAUCGGGCACAGCUUCUUCCGUCCAAUCGCGGAGAAGAUGCCAGCGCUAGCCUCGGCUGCCGGACUGAACCACAGUCAAGCCAUCGUGUUUAGCGGCGGCGCAUCAGGUGCGCCAUUGGCUCUCUGGAACUCGGACUCCAUGCGGGAUGAGAUUCAGUCUAUCCUUGACUGGGGCAACAUUACGCUCUUCGGCAUGACAUUCGACCGCACGGCUGAGGGUUGCGAGCUCUGGGUAAACUAUUCGCUUUCAAAGAACCCGAAUCUCAACACGUUCAUGAUCGGCCUCCCAUGGCUAGAUUAUCCGACCGAGUACGACACCGACAGCUACACAUCCGUGGUGCGUAACGCGGCGCAAACCAACUGGACGGACUUCUUGGAGGAGCUCCGCGGCAAGUACCCGAAUGUCACGAUCAUCGACAACCCCUACGGGCUGUCGGUUGUCGAGCUCCGUAUCUUGCAGAGCGCAGGCAGCGUUCCCGACGUGACCGCCAUGACCGGCCUCGCCGCAACCUCUCUUUUCACAGACUACAAGGGACACGGAGGCGACAUCCUCAAGGACACAGCCUCGUUGGUUUGGCUGGAUCGCAUCUACCACGUGGGAUGUGGCGACCCUGCCAUCGCCGCCCUGUUCACCGGGUACAUGACCGACGUCUGCUCGGAGACGUGUCUGGACAUCGCUGCGGCAGAGCAAAGCGCGCUCUACGAUGCAGUGUGCUCGGCGCAGUUCAACAACCUAGCUAAAGAAACCCGCACGGUCAAAUGCGCUUCUUUGAGCCCGGUUCCACACCAGUGCCCCGUCGACACACGGGUGCAGUUUAGACGGCUUCGGAUAGACAUCGGCUCGGCUCCUAGCGGCUCGCAGAAGCAGCGCGGUCGCUCUCUCUCCGUCACGCCGUCGCGCGGCCCCCACGGCGACGGCGCAGACACCACUCAUGGCGCCGGUGGCCUCGGAGGCGGCGGAGAUGGCGAGGUGUGCGCACAUUUUGACGGGUGCGCCAGCAGUGCUGGCGAGGCGCCCGCCGUUGACUGAACACCUUCUCGCGCGGCACGAGCGGCGCGCGGCGCUGCUGACGGGAGGAGGCAGUCACGGCCCGGACGGGUGCUGGCCGGUGGUCAUCAGACCCGCGUCGUCACCGUAUUCGGCGCGCAGUUCGGGACUGAACACCUCUCGAGGCGCGGCGCUGCAGCUGCAAAGUGAUUGGUGUGCAUCCGGCAGAGCCGGCGCGCUACGGCUUGCGCCCGUUGUCCAGACGCGCCGUGCCGCGCUCGCGCGCUCGCCGGAUCAGCGCGUGCGGCAGGAACGAUGCCGGUGUGCCAGUGUGCCGGUGUCGCAUGCGGUGUGCCAGCGCGCCGGGUCCAGCGGACAGCAAGUUGUGUGUGGAGCGGGCGCGCGGUGGCCGUGGCGAAUGUGAGCCGGCGCCACUCGCAGCCUGGUGUCGAGGCGCACUGCCUACUGCCCGUCGACUCAGCCGUGCGGCGGGGUAUCCGUUUCUGUGUGUCGGUGGUGGUGCGCUUGGCGCGCAUAGUGUGCGUGGGGUCUGUGUGCGUGUGCCACUCGCUCGCUGCUGCUGGAUGCAACGGUUUCCCGUCGUAGUGUGUUGGGCGGCCCGUCGUAGUGUGUUUGGGUUGCUGAAAAGGAAAAGGCGAAAUCAAAA